UUCGGCGAUUCGCCACGCGGCCCACCACGCCCCACACAUGUCGCUGGAUAAAUUAUUCGCCCGCGCAGCACGCACGCAUCACUUCCAGCUCACGCCACGCCUCUCUCUCUCUCUCUCUUUCACCCAAGUCCCAGUCACAGCGCACAGCUCCCAACCCCCUCGGAGCUCGGCUCAGCCAGGGGCGCGGGCAUGGCCGGCCGCGAGGCAGGCGGCGACUGCGGCGGAGUCGGAGGCGGAGAGGGAGAGGAGCCGGCCCGCGAGAUCCCCGACGACAUCACGGACGAGAUCCUGCUCCGCCUGCCGUCGCGCUCCGCGCUGGCGCGCGCCGCGGCGGCGAGCUGCGCGUUCCGCGCGCGCGUCUACUCCCCGCGCUUCCUCCGCCGCCACCGCUCGCUGCACCGGGACCCCGGCUCGCUCCUCGGGGUCUUCACCUUCCCCCUCGUCCCCGACGGCGCGCGCGGCGACGGCAACAGCACGGGCUUCCACCCGGCCGAGCCGCCGCACCCGGCGGCGUCCGCCGCCAGCGCCGUCGCCGCCGCGGCCGACUUCUCCUUCGGGUUCCUCCCGGCCGCGGCGGCGGACCCCUCCGCCGCGGCUGGGUCUGCUGAGGCCGCCGCCGCCGCCGCCGAGUGGAUGGUCCGGGACUACCGCGACGGCCGGUUCCUCCUCGACCGCGUCCCGGCGGCCACCGGGAGCACCGUCUUCACCGAGCUCGCCGUCUGCGACCCGCUGUCCCGCCGCUACGUCCUGCUCCCGCCCAUCCCGGACGACCUCGCCGACACCGUCCACAGCGUGCUCACCGUCUUCGGCGGCCGCCGCGCGUGCGAGCCCUUCCUCGCGCCCGCCGAGGCCGAGGCGGCCGACGCCGACGCGGACCCACCCCUCACCGUGUUCUGGACGGCCCGCUCCCCGAGGAAAAUGAUCGCCUUCGCCUUCUCGUCGCGCGACGGCCGGUGGCGCGCGCUCGAGUCGCCGCACUGCUUCGUCUGGCGCAGGCACCGCUCCCCGUUCAGCUGCCCCAUCAGCGCCGUCUGGAACCGCCGCCACUACGCGCACGGCCGCUUCUACUGGGUGGACUGCCUCACCAGCCGCUGGCUCGUGCUCGACGCGCGCACCAUGGAGCUCUCCCUCGAGGUCAUCCCGUCGCCGGCGGGCUACUGGGAGGAGCACGUCGCCGUCGUGGAGGCCCCGGACGGGAGGCUUGGCGUCUUCGCGCACGGCUUCCACCACCCCGGCGGCAAAGCCAAUCUACACUACUAUACGAUCGUGCACGACACGGAAGCCGGCGGCGGGGGCGCGCGGCGGUGGCAGCUGGAGAAGACGAUCCCGCUGCCGUGGCAGACAGACCACCGCCCUUUCUGCCUCCGGGGCACGGCCAACGGAUGCCUCGUCAUCGAAGUCAGCGAGGAAAAACCGGUGUUCAUGGCGAGCCACCGCAUCAGGGACGCCGAGCUGUUCAAGAUCGACGUCAAGAGUUUCGAGUUCCAGAAGAUCUGCCGGGCACGGUGCGCCGGCAGGGCUGCCGGCGAGUGCUGCUGGCCAUACUUCGGCUUCCCGCCGUCGCUGUCGUCGCCCACUGUGUGAGCAGCAUGAUGUUACUGAAACAAAAUUGUGUUCCAAAUUUAGAGCCUUCAGUUUGAAUGGCCUACAUGUAUAAGCAACACUUGUACUCGUCCAGUUUGUUUACAAAUGCAACACAUACAUACAGAUACAGUUUACAA